CUGAGGUCAUACGCCAGCCGCCAUGGCCGGGAGCGGGGAGCGAUCGCCGCUGCUGCCCGGCGGAGGGUUGGAGGAGGGCGGCGGGGUCUCGGCCUCGGCCCCGGCCCCCGGUCCUGGCCUCCCCACCCCGCCCUUCGUGCAUCUCUCGAAGCCGGCAGGUUUUGCGGAGUUCCCCGAGACACCGGCCACAGCCCCCACACUCCUGCCCAGCGAGGACCCCCCGCCGUACUCCCCGAUGACCAGCCCUGAGAGUGGCAGCACCCCGAUGAUCAACUGCCGGGUCUGCCAGUCCCUCAUCAACGUGGAGGGCAAGAUGCAGCAGCACGUUGUCAAGUGUGGCGUCUGCAACGAAGCCACGCCCAUAAAGAAUGCCCCCGUGGGGAAGAAGUAUGUCCGGUGUCCCUGCAACUGUCUUCUCAUCUGCAAGGUCACCUCGCAGAGGAUCGCUUGUCCCCGGCCGUACUGUAAACGGAUCAUCAACCUGGGGCCUGUACGCGCAGGGCCCAGCAGUCCUGAGCCUGAGCCACAGCCUCCCGGGGUCCGAGUCAUCUGUGGCCACUGCAAGCACACCUUCCUGUGGAGGGAGUUCACGGACCGGACCCUCGCUCGCUGUCCACAUUGUCGUCGUGUAUCUUCCAUCGGGAGGAGGUAUCCCCGCAAACGGUGCCUUUGGAUCUUCAGCCUCGGACUCCUGUUGGCCAUCGUAUCGGCUGUAGUGGCAGCGACGACAUGGAGGAACGCCAGACACUACCACGGGAUCUAUGCUGCCUGGGCAGUGCCCAUCACCCUGAGCGUCUGUUGCCUGGUACGGGCCUGCUACUGGGGCUGCAUGAGGGUCAGUCACCCCAUCCAGAACUUCUCCUGAUCAGCGAAAGGGUCCCGGACCCUGGAAUCAUCGGGAAACUGCACAUCCUAGAUGGAGCCACUCAAUGCACUGAGGAGCAAACUGACAGACUGAGGGACCACGCGGCGAUUUUCCGAGGAGCCUGUGCCCAGUGACCCGUGCUACAGCUCAGUGUCCGGUCGCUGCCCCCCCCCCUCGCUCCCCGCCCUGUGUCUGGUGACCUGCACUACAGCCCAGUCUCUGGUCACUCCCUCUCUCCCUACCUUGUGUUCAGUGACCCGUGCUACAGCUCAGUGUCCGGUCGCUGCCCCCCCACCCCCGCUCCCCGCCCUGUGUCUGGUGACCUGCACUAUAGCCCGGGAUCCGGUCACCCUCUCUCCCCCUAACCUGUGUCUGGUGACCCAUACUACAGCCCAGUUUCUGGUCACCCACCACCCCCCACUUCCCCCUGCCUUGUGUCCGGGGACCCACACUACAGCCCAGUGUCACUGGGACCCUGUCUCCCUCUCCCCCAGACCAUUCAUCGAGUUAGUGACCCCGGCCGGUGUAGAGUUUGGCCUGUCCUAGCCGGGGGCAGGUCCUGCAGAUGGACCAUGCUGUGUAGGUGGGAGCUCCGGGGUUUCUGAGCUCUGUCCUCGUGUGACUGGGUCUCCCACCCAACCCAGGACAAGGGAAUGGGCUGGCACAGGCCUAUCCGCUGUGCGCAGGGCUGUGGGAUCAGUGUUUCCCAUGGCGGAUGUGGGCCUGUGUGGCUUCAGUCGUUGAAAGGCAUCAUGGGUAAUUGGCGCUCCUUUAAGGGUGUCUGGUUCCUAUUGGUUGAUCAGUGUAUCUCUGUCUCCCCAUUGGUGGAUCGAUGUAUCUCUGUUCCCCCUUUGGUAAAUUUGUGUAUUUCUGUGCCCCAUUGGUGGAUCAAUCUAUCUUGUCUCUCUUCCCCCCCCCCCACCAUGGUGCAUUGGUUUCUGUCUUCCCAUUGGUGGAUUGGUCUACCUCUGUCCCCCCUCCCCACCUCAUUGGUGGAUCAGUCUAUCUCUGUCCUCCCCAUUGGUGGAUCAGUCUAUCUGUCACCCCAUUGGUGGAUUAGUCUACCUCUGUUCUUCCCCCCACCAAUUGGAUUGUUUUCUCUAACUCCCCAUUGGUGGAUCGGUGUUCCCUUCCUCCCCCGUUCCUGUGGGUGAGGGGUUGGGUGGUGCACUCUGGUACUGGACUGAGCUGUGGCAGUGGGUUUGCACUCAGCUCCUUCGCUUGUCGGAUCACACUAAUCGCUAUGCUUGCUGUAUCAUGCCUUCUAUUUAACAGUGGAAAUUAAUUUUAUGUUGAUUUAACAAUAAAGGGUAAAUGAUUUUAA